GGUAUUUCCUCUCAUGCCCAUGUUGCUUAUGAUGUCGCUGAGGGGUGGGAAGGAGACGACAGGGUCAGAGGAUACGGUUUGGGAAGUUGGUGUGUUGGUCAGUAAUGCGGCUGUUUUCAGCGAGUUUUGGCCCCUACUAGCGGGACGAUUUGAAAUUCGUCUCCUAGCAUCAUGUCUGGCCCAACUCUGGAUGUCUCUCAUUGGUCACAAUCCCCUCCGUACGACUUCCAAUGACGUCCGCAGAUUGACCACGACGGCAUACUUCUGCAUGGGGAUAUGGUAUCUCUAUGGCUGGACACCGAAUCGAUAUCGACAUCCAUCAAUCUGGCCAGGGAUGCACGAACAGCUCAACAUGGUCUUGAGUAGUCUGAUCUUUGCCGGGAGUGUGGUGUGGGGUCUGGUGAAACUCAUCGAGGACGCUUGGGCCAUUGGAGGACUAGGAGGCGGAGAUCGGAACAUGAGAGAACGACGGGGUCGGUAAAGCUACAGUCCGUAUAUCCUCCUGAUCUGUUCAUGUGUGACGUGCAGUAUAAUUACCGAGG